ACACACACACACACACACACAAACCCGAAGGGACACAGCACCAAGAAAUAGCCUGGAGCAGAGAUUCAAGGGUGGAGAGCAGGCUGGGAGGGCCAGAGCAGCCCUUCUCCCACAGGUUUCCACCCUUGUCUCGAGCACCCAGGCUCCAGGCUGGGAGGCCAUUUCUUCCUUGCUCAUCUCUCACUCCUCAGCCCAACAACCAGUAGGCAAGACUUGUCCACUCUCUCUCCACAGUGCAUCGGGAGUCUUCUCAGUCCUCUCUGUCCCCACAGCCACCAAAUCCUUUCUGGACGGGUCCCUCUAUCUUUUGCAUUGCUCCCGACCAACUGUUAGCUGGCAGGGAUCUUGUAGCCAUACAGCCACUCAUUCCACACUCCUUCCUUCUAUAAAGGGUCCCCUGCUUUAUAAGGCUCUGCUUGACCUGAACCCCAUGCAUCACCGGACCUGGUCUCAAAGCCUGUGCUCCUCCCUCAUGUCUACUCUCACACAUACUAAGAGCUCACUGCCACUCACUGGAGUACAAUGUACCUCAGGGCCCUUCCCAGCAAGGCUGGCUGCCCUUACCCAUGCUUUUCACGUCUUCCUAUCUGCGGCAAUGUGUGGCCUCUCAGGGCUGAUGUCACCAGCUCUAGCUUCAUUUGUCUUGCUAUUUAAUCUCUGAUCCUUCAUCCCAUUCUCUCUCUCUCUCUCUCUCUCUCUCUCUCUCUCUCUCAAGUAGUAGUUUUCUCUAUUUUUCCAUUGCCCUGUUCAUUUUGUCUUUUUCAGUCUUUCCAACUAGUUUCCAGUUUAAGGAAUUGUAUUUAAAUACGCCUGGUGUACACCUUCAAUCUCAGCACUUGGGAGACAGAGGCAGGAGAAUCUCUGUAAGUGCCAGGCAGCCUCAUCUACACAAGAAGUUCCAGGCCAGUCAGGCUAUAUCUUGAGGUUCUAUCUUUAAAAAAGAAGGAGGAGGAGGAGGAAGAGGAGGAGGAGGAAGGGGAGGGGAAAAGACGAGAAGAGAAGAGAAGAGAAGAGAAGAGAAGAGAAGAGAAGAGAAGAGAAGAGAAGAGAAGAGAAAGAUCGAUGACAGCCAGCCACCGGUGGCCUAUGAUUCAUGAAUGGCAGCCACAGGUCUGAAAGCCUGAGGCUCACUUCAUAAAAUAUUUAGAUUAUAUACAAGAUCCCAGCAGCAGAUAUGAGUGAUAGUCUACUUUACAAUUAGAUAAAGAGGGAAAUAAGUUGGUGAGGCAUUUUUAAAUUUGAUAUGACUCCAGAGGAUGAGUAAUAAUCAUAUAUACUAAAAUAAAAUAGCUUUUCUGAUGAUAUGCGUGGAUUGCCAUAUAAACUAUACAAUUAAAGCCAAUGCUCUUGGUAGGGUCAGAGCCACUGAGGCUAAAGGUGUACAAUACCAGGCCAGGCUCUAAAGCUGCUUUUAUAUAUAAAAAAAAAAAAAUCAGUGGUCCAAGAGUACUAUGUGAUGGCGGUGUGUAUGGGAAACAGACUUCUACCCAACCUUCUAACCCAUCCUUAUCCUAGCAAAGAUAAGGCACUCAAGAAAUGCUUGCUAAAUGGACAGAGACAGCCAAAUGUAUCUAUUCUAUCUUUUGUCAUCUCUCAAGUGUUUGUCACUCUCAGGUCUUUCCCUUCCAAGGCCAAGAGCAUUUGCUCACAUUUGUUUGGAUGUAGCUGCUAGCUGCUACUGUUUAACACUUAAAUUUAUCAUAUAUACGUGUGUGUGUGUGUGUGUGUGUGUGUGUGUGUGUGUGUGUGUGUGUGGAGAGAGAGAGAGAGAGAGAGAGAGAGAGAGGAACAACUAACCAACUGUGCGUGCUCAGCCCUACAUCAACCUCCCUUUGGAGGCUCAGGGAAUAUGUAGAAAAGGAGGCAGAAGUGCUGUGCCACAGCAGCUGUGGUUGCCUGCACAAGACCAGAACAGGUGAUAUUUCCAACAAGGAAUGGGGAGGGGCUGCGGCGGUUCCACCCCCAGCUAAAGGACCUACUACUGGCAGUUGGCAUCUACUGAGGCAAGAGUCAUAAGUAUGGCCACUGUUGAGUUGCCCAUGGCUCAAUGAAUGACCCCAUCUCUAUGUGUUCAGGCUAAUUGUAAUUAGUACGUCAAAGAAACAAAUAAUUAUCAAAGAGAACAUGAUACUAGGCAGGAGAUGUCAUGUGGCUGCUGCUGAGUGGGGCUGACGGAUGAACUGAUCAAAAUAUAGUGUAUACAUAUAUGAAAUAUGUAUAAAUUUAUAUUUUCAUAAAAAGGAAGGGUGAAUGGGCGGAGUUGGCUGGCAGAUUAGCGGUGAUUUCAGGAAGCUUAGAAAGGUAGAGGGUGCGGGGGGGGGGGGGGGAGGCAAGAAUUGUUACUGGAGAGUCCCAGGGCAUCGCAGCGACUGAAAAAGCAGAGCAGGAGAGUCAGUGUCUGAAAACCGUUCCCGUGGUAGCCCUUUUCCCACAGGAACAGUCCUUGGAAGUACUCCCACCCCCUUCUCUUAGGCAAAGGAAUCCAGAGUUUAAACACGUGACCAGGUGAGUCUGGCUAUGCCAGGCAUAUCCUCAGAACGUGUGACAGGCAUUAGACAAGUUGAGACAAGGUGAAGCUCCGGUGCCACUGGACUUUAAUGAGUCUGGACCUUAGAGAGAGAGGCCAUGCCCUGGCUGGCGGGUGGGCUACUUGGUACAGCUUGCGUUCCUAAUCAAACGGACACUUCGAGCUUCGUGGUUUGGUUGCCCCUGGAUAUUCUGGGGAUCCCUAAGGUGCUUCGGGAAGAGCAGAUAUUCCUGGGUGAGUGCACCCUAAGGGCAGCUGGGACGCCUUCUCCACGUACAGCAGUACCAGGAUGCCACUUGAGGUCUUGGGUUUGGGAACAAAAUGUUAACUUCUUGCCUAAUUCUCGUAAACAGCAGCUCCUCUGCAGACAUGCCUCCCUCCUGUUUCGGGGCGGGGGGGGGGGGCAGUCUCCAACAGUGAGGCUCCAUAGAUUUCACCCGUCUGCGGGCUCGCGUCUACCAGAGGCGCUUCUGGAAGUUUCUUUCCAACUUUGUAGACGCUCAUCGGUGAACACGCGGCUUGAAUGGUGCCAGCGCCGGGAUCGCACCGGCGUGGAAAAGUAAGGAAGUCCCAGCAGGCCUCCCCUCUUGAAAGCCACCCGGGGAGAGGCGGGUAGGGGAGUAGGGGGCAAGUGCGCGCGCAAACUGGCGAAUGGGCGGAGUUAGAUUGUCUUCUCCAGCCCGUCUGUCAGUCACGAGCUUCAGCUCCGCCCACACAGCGGUAAUUGGUGAGGAGCGCGCGCGAGCGCCCGCGGCCCGCCCCCUUCAGCACUGCCCCCGCCCACCGGUUGACAGGGCUGCAAGUGGGGCCUGCAAGUUGGAGCAAGAAGGUGCGUGCGGGUGCCGAAAUGCUCAGACCCUCCGAAGCUGAUGGGCACCUGCUCACACCCAGCUUUGGCUGUCACCCCAGACCUGACAGCAGCCCGAUGCUCAUGUACUCGAGUCCUGGCCCAGCUCUGCUCCUACAGGCCCCUUUCCACUCCAUCAGCCACCUACAGCCUCUUUUCUGUCUUUAAGUGGCUGAACCCCUCGCCGAGGUGCCCACAGUCUCAUGUGCCAAGAGGUCUAGCCUCGAGGACGCACUGUUCUGCACACCGACUCUCGCCCGGGCUGCUUAUGCGGACUACACAGUGUGAGCCCGGUCUGCAGACUCUCCGCGCACCUCUCAUCGCCUCCUCACCCCCAGGCCCAGCAUCCCCUAUGGCUCACCUCACAGCCUAGCUCUACAUUACCCCAACUCUAUGCCCGAACCCCGAUGCAGCCUCGCUCCCUGCUCCCCUGCGGAACCCUCCAUUCCCAGUUUGAGCGUCAGGACGUCCCUCACCCGGAACCCACUACCGACUGCAAUCUUCUCCCACGGUACCUGGACUCGGGGUGAAUAAACCUCCCCGGGCCUCAGCCGGCGAUCCCGCUGCACCCCGGGCUUCCGCCGAGCACUCCCCGCGCUUCCAUUCCGCGCCGCGCGGCCCACACCUCGAUCGCUGAGCUUGCUCUAUCUCCCAGGCUCCGCCGCACCCUCCCACCUACCCCGAGGCCCUCUGUGCCCCGCACGCGCGCGCCACCGCCCCAGACCACACCCCGCACGCUGUGCCCCCCGACUCGGCCCCGCACCCCUCUCCCCGGCGGGCGGCGGACGGCGGGCGGGCGGGCAGCGCCGGCGGCGGUGGAGGCCAGUCCUCGGGCCGGGACACACCCACCCGCCCGCCCUCCUCGCUUUCCUCCUUCCCUCCCCCUCGCGCUCCCUCUCUCCCGCCCUCCCGCCCUAGCUCCGCGCUCGCUCCUUCUCUCCGUCGCCUGCUCGCGCUUCCCGCGGCGCCGGGCCUCCCGCUCCGCCUCCCCGAGCGCGGCUCUCCCGGGCGCGGCUCCGGGGUUCAUGCUGACGAGGCGGCGGCCGCUUCAGCCCAGCGGCGGCGGCGACGGCGGGAGCUGGGGCGCGGGCCCCGGCCGCCUCUCUCGGAGCGCGGGGCCGGGCGGCGGCGAGCGCCCCACCGCGCCGCGCCCCUGCGCGCCCCCUACGCCGCGCCCCCGCGCGCCCCCCGCGCCUAGCCUGCGGGGGGCCGGGCCUGCGGGCGGCCGGCGCGGCGCGCACCCAUGGACGGUCCGGCCAUCAUCACCCAGGUGACCAACCCCAAGGAGGAUGAGGCCCGGUCGCCCGUCGCGGGCGAAAAAGCCCUUAGGAAAAGAGACCAGAGAUGGGAACCAGAAAGUCCUAGAAGAGGAAAACGGAACGACUUCUGAGUCUCUUCCCAGCGCAACAUCAGCCUAAAGAAGCAAAGGGGUCGGAGCAUCCUUAGCUCUUUCUUCUGCUGCUUCCGAGACUACAAUGUGGAAGCCCCUCCGGCCAACAGCCCCAGUGUGCUUCCGCCACUGGUGGAGGAGAACGGUGGGCUUCAGAAGGGUGACCAGAGGCAGGUCAUUCCCGUACCAAGCCCACCAGCUAAAUACCUCCUUCCAGAGGUGACGGUGCUCGACUAUGGAAAGAAAUGUGUGGUCAUUGAUCUAGACGAAACCCUGGUGCACAGUUCGUUUAAGCCCAUUAGUAAUGCUGACUUCAUUGUUCCUGUUGAAAUCGACGGAACCAUACACCAGGUGUAUGUGCUGAAGCGACCUCACGUGGACGAGUUCCUCCAGAGGAUGGGGCAGCUCUUUGAGUGUGUGCUCUUUACUGCCAGCUUGGCCAAGUAUGCAGACCCUGUUGCCGACCUCCUGGACCGCUGGGGUGUGUUCCGGGCCCGACUCUUCAGAGAAUCCUGCGUGUUCCACCGUGGGAACUAUGUGAAGGACUUGAGUCGCCUGGGACGGGAGCUGAGCAAAGUGAUCAUCGUGGACAAUUCUCCUGCCUCCUACAUCUUCCAUCCUGAGAAUGCAGUGCCCGUGCAGUCCUGGUUUGACGACAUGACAGACACGGAGCUGUUGGACCUCAUCCCGUUCUUCGAGGGCCUGAGCAGGGAAGACGAUGUCUACAGCAUGCUGCACAGACUCUGUAGCAGGUAGCCCUGGCCUUGGCCCAUCUGUGCCUGUGCACUCUGGAACCCUGGCUCAGGGGACCCGCCCGGCCUCGGCUCACUGAGUGCAGCCCAGGAAGACUCCGUGCUCCGGGCCACAGGGUGAAUGUCACCAUGCCUACCUGGUUUGUUUUGUUUUGUUUUUUUAAAGAACAGAAACAACUAUUUUAAAGGAAAAAAAAAAACUCUUUUAAUAGAUUUCAUAAACGGACUGCAUUUUACAAGAUUCGAUUUUCUUAAAAACAUACCAAAAAGAAAAAGAAAAAAAAAGAAGAAGAAAAGAAAAGCAAAAACUUUGAUAUCUCCCGACUUCCUUUCAACUGACCUCCCCUUCCAAGCAGACAAACCUGUCCUCUUGGUCCCGGUUUGGAGCAGCUGACCCAACUCAGAAUCUCUUUCCUACAGGAUGAAGUGCCUUUUUGAAUGUUAUUUUAAGCUGAAAGUUAAUUUUUUUGUAUACAGCCUAUUUCCAAACAUCUUUUAGUCUUUUACGGUCUUAGAUACUUACUCUGAGAAGACGAACAGGACAAUUUUAUAGACCCCGGUAGCCUGUGUGUGGUGGGGUAAGGAUGUGGUCGGGGAGAGCAACGGGUCACAGGAGCCCGCCUCCCAACAUGAGUGACUGUCAACCGUGGCGUGCAUGGGAUCUCGCUCCCCCUGACAUGACUUUUCUCCUGACUGUCCUUGUGUCGUUUCCGACCAGGCUGGAAUGUACCUGCCAAUGGCCCAAUGCUUUAUGAAACAGCCGGUUCCUUUUAUGAUGGUUUCUGAGGUUGUUAAAAAUGUGUCUUGAGGUUGCAUUUUUGCCCUUGGGAAGUGACAUUGUAUCGUCACAUGUGCUUUCCCAUGACUCCACGUGUCUGUCCCUUGUUGUUCUGUUGUCGUUGGUUUGAGGAGAGCAGUUAGAGAAAGCCCUGAAGCCCUUGGAUCUAUUAAGUCCUUCCUUUCAGAAGCUGGGUGCACAUGGAGCUCGCUGUUCGGACUCCGCUGCUACUGCGCUCCUGACACCAAAUGGAACUGACCAGCGGCUGUCACACUGUUCCUUAGCCACUGUGCCUAUGCUUAGAAGAUGCUCACCGCUCAGCUGCAGACUCAGACAGGGUCACAGACAGGUGUCCCACCCCAUCAAGCACGGCACCCUUCUUUGGCCCCCAGCCACCGCCAAGAAUGCCGAAGGGCACAAAAGUUUGGGGACAAAAACAAAACUGAAGGGCCAAAGCACCGCUCAGGUGCGGCAUGGCGUUCACUUUACACUGCAGUCAACAUCAGAGCCUAAGCUGGAACUCGCCUGUCUCACCUGAGAACCUGUGGCCUCAACCAGCCGCCAUGCUGGUGUGGCUCAAGUCACCUCUCAGCCUCUUUGGAAGCACAGCCUCUUCGAGCCAAGGGUUGGAGAAGCCUGCCUUGAUGGGAGACUCAUCUCUCCAAACCAGGGAGAAGGGCUUCUCCCUGGAGCCUGGGGGUCUCUUCCCACCCGUUCCCAGUUUGGUGUUUAAUCUGUGUUACAUCGACCCUCUGAAGAACGAACAGAGCCCUUUUGUGUUGGCACCAAUGCCUUAGUCCUCUGUGGGUUGGGCCUCAGCCAGAAUUCUGCUGGGAGUUGCUGGCGUUGACAAGAUUUAAAGUCAGGGGUCAAACUUUUAAAAAUAUAUAUAUUAUUUUUCUUUCCUUCACAAAAUAACGAAGCCAGCUACUAGGCCUGUCUUCCCACAGUGCUUGGUCCGGGGAACCACUGUGCAGUCAGAACGGAGACACGUCAGUGUCGUUUAGAUCACCUGACUGAGUGUUCCGAACCCAGCGAGCCCCGUGCCAAUUAAAACCGAGACUGCCCCUUUGCUAAGAAAUCAUUUCCACAGGUAACGACAGUUACGCGGCAGAUCCGCACACGCCAUCAACCCUCAUGGAAAACCAGUCAUUAGCUGCCUUAAGUGUCUUGGGUGUUUCAGAGUCUGCCAUGUGUUGACUUCCACACAGAACAAGGCCCGGAUGGAACCUCAGAUCUUUGCCUGUGCCUCUUUGUGUCGGUGUCACGGGGCCUUAUUUGAAAAGGGGGGCAGAAUGGACUGCGAUUCCAGAAUAUUUCAGGGGAAGCGAGCGUAGAAAUAGUGCUCUGCUUCAGACAGGUUCGAGGCCAACCCUUGGCCUUACAGCCCCGGGGCUGCGUGUGCCCAUGCCCUCCGGGCAGAGCUUCCAGGUGGGAGCCCCGUUCUUGCCACCACAAACAUGGAAUGUCUUGGGUGGGUGGCAGAGCUUCUGAGGGCUCUGAAAUCUGCACCUUAUCUGACCAAGCUCCAAUAAUGCCAAUUUUUAUUUCCUUUUUUUUUUUUUGAAAACAAAUCCGCUUUAUGUACAUAAUUGAAAAAAAUCUAUAUUUUUAAUCAGUUACGUGUAAAUGAAGCAAUAGAACUCUAACAAGGCCAAGAAAGGAGACGAAUGUUCGAGGUUUAUUUUCUUAAGGUAAAUACGGGUAUUGCUUUUAAUUGUAAGUUUAUUAAAAUGCGGGCUUGAGAACGUAUCAGCCAUUUCUCUGUGCCAUAUCCUUCCCACGUUACCAAAACACUCCAUCUCUUUAGCCAAAAGAAACCCCUGACCUCUCAAGUCCCGUGGUCCUCUCAGCUCCGGGUUAGGACCCCUCUCUUAGACAAGCGCUUUCGAUGCGAGGGUCUAGGACAGGGUGGCUUGGGUUGGUGGACUCCAGCCUACACCUUUAGCUUGACCUCAAGUGGGGCUUCCUGACCCCUGACCCCUGACCCCUGAGGAUGUUAAUGUUCUUGUCUUCCAUUUGUUCUGGAAUCCUCCAUGUCGGUCUGUGGUCCCCUGCACUAGCUGUUUGUAAACAAUACGUUUGUAUCUUAAUCACACCACCUGUCACCGAUGGCAGUGGGUGAAGAUCCUGCUGACACGGUGCGAUGUUGUGAGGUGACUUUGGGGACAUGAGGACGUCCACAUGACACUAAAUCAUCCCGGUCACAGCAUGUGAAGUUGGGGGUACGGAGAUGAAUCCUAAAAGUGUGUAGAGCCUGGCAGCAUUUUACAACCCUGUAUUUCAAAGACGGCUUUCUAAUAAAAUCCAGAAACACACAGCCCUAUUGGUCAAACACUCGUGACGUUUGUGCCUCUGCUCCUCACGGUGCUGUGCUGGACAGCUGGCAUGCCAGGGUUUGAGAAGAGCGGAUGGCCUACCGUGCUCGCGGUUCCCUGGGCAAACUUGCUGGCUGCCUCUGUUCCUAUUUUACUGUAAAUCUGACCAUGUCUAUCCCUGGAGUCGCCCUGAGGAUAGGUUCCCCCCAGGGGUGGUGAUGUUGGUGUCUGGGGAGUUACAGUUUUCUGCUGGAUGUUUGAAUGUGCCGUCCCAGUGCCACUUGGGAAAUACCACAUGUUGGGAUGUGCACGAUGCUCGGGGCAAGUAUUGUCAAUCAGUGAUUUCCCUCCUGCCAAAAAUAAACUCGUCAAACUGCA